UGGAAGCGCUGAUGGAAGAAUAAACGUGGACAUCAUACAUCGAGCGCGGAUGGCGGCAAAUGCAAUAGUUCUGGAACGUUAGGAGUUGCGAUGAAAGGGAGUGGUUGACCGGGUGGGCUGGUUGCGAGUUCACCACGCAAUUGGGGGAUGGAAGCGAGCAUAGCACUCGGCGUCAUCUUCGCUGCCUUAGAGCAAGCAUGCUCAGGGCAUAAAUACACCACAUUACCUCCCUUCCCUCCCCUUGCAGUCCCCAAACACACAGGCUAUCUACCCAGAAACAGCAGGCCUCCCAUCCGUCUUGAAUCCAGACACAGACAGCCAGCCCAACCCAACGAAACCCAACCAAACGUCCAUGAUAACGAAUCACCCAAUGCACUAGCGGCACUUCUCGAGACAAUCUUAGCACAUGCUAGCAGCUGUCGCCCCUGAGCCUAGCGAUGGGUCGUAGCGACUUAGAGGAAGAGGAUGGCGUGCUUCUUGUGUCGCUUGAUCAGACCUCACCAUGGCACAGGAGGCUGGUUC